GCUUAGCCGUUAGCUUAGCCGUUAGCUUAGCCGUUAGCUUAGCCGUUAGCUUAGCCGUUAGCUUAGCCGUUAGCUUAGCCGUUAGCUUAGCGUCUUUCCGGGAACAAGAAGCUGCUGUUUUCUGACGUCCACCAUGGAGGACAGGUACACCAAACCCGGUAACCAGGAGCGGGGCUGGAACGACCCCCCUCAGUUCUCCUACGGCCUUCAGAAGGCCCGCGGACCACAGAGGAACCUCCUGAACAAGAGAGCAGCUCCACCCUCAGGUGCAGGAGAAAUGCCUUCAGCGCCGCCCUCCUUCAACCCUCAGACCCCACCUCCAUGUGGUAUAGCCCCGCCCCCUCUCAACCCAGCUCUGCCUCCACCUGGUGGGAUGGCCACGCCCCCUUCUCACCUGGGGCCAAUGAGAAGUCAGAGCGAUGUCGACAGCAGCCAAUCAGAAAGAGAGCCUGAUGUACAGGAUGUGAUUUUGGUGCUGAACCGAGCACUUGCUGCCUGCAGACACUCUGUUAAAGAUCAGGUGUGCAAUGAUGUGGCAAAGCGGCUCCGCCUUCUGGAGGACAGCUGGAGGUCAGGUAGACUCAGCCUACCUGUCAGGAGACGCAUGGACGCCCUGUCUCUGGACUUACAGUCGGGUCGCUGGGACUCGGCUGACGAGAUCCAUCGCUCUCUGAUGGUUGAUCAUGUGACCGAGGUCAGCCAAUGGAUGGUUGGUGUCAAACGCCUCAUUGCUGAGACCCGAAACCUGAGUCCAGAACUACUAGAACCUCUUCAAAACCCAGCAAGACCAGUCCAGGACCCAGCAGAACCAGUCCAGGACCAUACAGAACCGGUCCAGGACCCGGUUUGCCAGUCCUGACUUUCAAGCAACAUUCUGUCCGGUCUUAAUAAACUCAGAUUCUUUAAUCAAAAGCAGGAUCUGGUGAUUUUCACAUCCUGCUACUGUGGGAGUGUUGAAGGUUUGAUCUCUGGACCAGGUAGGGGCGGCUGUAGGUUCCUUGAGGAGACUUCAGCAGAGAUGGAUCUGCUCUUUACACCUUUCAGUUAUCAGCUAAACUGUACCUGGACUUUGUGGACUUUAGGUUUGAAACUCUCGACACUCUAACCUCAGACUCUCUCUAGACGGUUGACUUUGGAAAAUCUGAACACUCUAGAACUUCAGAUCAAACUCUGAACACUCUGGACUUUGAUCUUCAGCUCCAGAGUAGACUCUCUGGUCUCAACACUUUAGACUCCAAACUUUAGAUUCUGGACUGUAAACUGCAGAGAUUGUUGACCGUGAACUUUCAGGCUUUGGGCUCUGGACACUGGUCUUGGAACUUUAGACUUUGCUUUGGAACACUCUAAACUCUGGAACCUUCCCUCUGGACUUUCUUUGAACAAAGACUCAACGCUCUUUGAAUCCAAGAUCCUCUGAAAACCUGGUUUCACUUGUCUGUCAGUAACAGUCAACCUUCAGAGAGUUUCAGAGCCUGAUCGUGUGGAUCCUGAAGUGGUUUGAAAACUUGUUACUGUGUGAUGUGGAAAUAAAUCAGUUUUCUCUCCUUUA